UGAUUAAAUUGAACAAUGAUGGAUUUAAGUUUGGGAUCGUAGGGUGUGGAAUGAGAGCGGGAAAUAGGAAUGCACCAGUUUACUCACUUGUGAGGGAUUAAAUCCGAAAGAUCCACUACCAAUUUUCUAAAUCAAAUACUAAUUUUUCAUUUCUUCCCAUUACUCACUCCCAUCCCAUUCCAUCCAACCAAGCACCCGUUUUUCUUAACCUGGGCAUUCUGUCGAACGCCUUGAUGGCGAUCGUAAUUGGAGGAGGUCAGGCCGCAUGAGAAGGUUGGCAUCGUCAGCCGCUCGCAGCGCCGGCGCAUGCCAAGCUCCUCGCCGUCCUCUCUGCGUGGUCACUCCUCCCCUCGAACCUCCGCGGAGUCUGAACAAGGCUCUCGCUCAUCUGAUCCGGAGCGGCCGCCUCUGCGAGGCCCGGCGGCUCUUCGACUCCCUCCCUGGCCACCACAACGUUGUCACCUGGAAUUCCAUGAUCGGCGGCUACGUACGUCACCGUGAACUCUCUGAGGCCCGGAGGCUGUUCGAUGAAAUGCCCGCUAGGGACGUCGUCUCCUGGAACUCUAUCCUUGCUGGCUACGCGCUGUCCAGUGAUUUGGGAGAGCUCGAGGAGGCUCGCCGCAUCUUCGACCGGAUUCCGGCCAGGGACAUCGUCUCGUGGAAUACUAUGAUCACUGGCUACGCUCGGAACGGCAGGAUGGGAGAAGCCAUGCAUCUGUUUGGAAGAAUGCCCGACGCCAAUGUCGUCACAUGGAACUCGGUGAUCAACGGAUUUCUUGGUGUUGGUGAUGUCAAAAGGGCAGUGGAGCUGUUCGACAGAAUGCCCGUUCGAAAUUCCGCUUCCUUGAAUUCGUUAGUUUCGGGCUUCAUUCGGAAUAACAGAUUGGAAGAAGCAGAAGAAUGGCUGCUUGGAAAUCGAAGAAAAGUAGCCGAGAUUGAUGGCUUGAUCGACUCGUACAACACUUUGAUAGCUGGUUAUGCACAACGGGGAAGGGUCAAUGAAGCAAGGAGAUUGUUUGAUUCAAUUCCUUGUUCAAAAGUUGUUGGAGAUACAACAAUGUCACACGAAGGAGUGAGAUUUGAGAGGAAUAUUGUAUCAUGGAAUUCUAUGAUCAUGGGCUAUGCGAAGACCAAUGAUCUUCCAGCUGCCCGGAUACUGUUCGAUGAAAUGCCCAAGAGAGACUUGAUAUCAUGGAACACUAUGAUUGCUGCCUAUGUUCGUCACUCAUCCAUGGAAAAAGCCAAAGCUCUGUUCGAAGAAAUGUUCAAUCCUGAUGCAUGGACAUGGAACUCAAUGAUAUGCGGAUUCACGCAGACAGGCCAGGUCGAUCGUGCAAGGGAAUUUUUUGAUAGAAUGCCACAGAAGAGCAUCGUCUCCUGGAACACGAUGAUAGCCGGAUAUGAGCAGAAUGGAGACUAUCAUGCAGCAUUCUGGUUGUUUGCUAGUAUGUGUGCUGCUGGUGAGAGGCCUGACCGACAUACACUUUCAUCAGUGCUCAGUGCUUCUGCUGGCCUUGCCAUGCUUCUCCUUGGACUCCAGGUGCAUCAGCUGAUUACGAAGACAAUACGUCCAGACAUUCCGAUUAACAAUGCCCUUGUUACGAUGUAUUCCCGGUGCGGUAAUCUGAUGCACGCCAAAACCAUCUUCGAUGGCAUGGGGAAGGAAAGGGAUGUAAUCAGUUGGAAUGCUAUGAUUGCAGGAUAUGCGCAGCAUGGACAGGCAAGAGAAGCUCUUGAGCAUUUUGAAAGAAUGAAACUGAUGAGCAUUAAGCCUACUCACAUAACCUUCAUUUCUGUCCUCAAUGCUUGUGGCCAUUCAGGACUAGUGAAUGAAGGACGGAGACAAUUUGACUCAAUGGCCAGGGAUUUCGGUAUCAUCCCCAGAGUUGAGCAUUAUGCUUCACUUGUCGAUCUCAUAGGUCGCUAUGGCCAGCUUGAGGACGCGAUGGAGGUAAUACAUAACAUGACAGUGAAGCCUGAUAAAGCUGUUUGGGGUGCAUUGCUUGGUGCUUGUAGAGUUCACAAUAAUGUUGCAUUGGCUCGAGUAGCUGCAGAGGCUUUGGUGGAGAUUGAACCCGAGAGCUCUGCACCAUAUGUGUUGUUGCACAACAUGCAUGCAGAUGAAGGGAAGUGGAGCAAUGCCACUGAGAUAAGGAAACUGAUGGAUAAGAACAUGGUGGUGAAACAGCCUGGUUACAGUUGGAUUGAGUUGCACAACAAAGUUCAUAUAUUUAUUUCAGGGGACAGAUCUCAUCCAUUCUCACAUGAAAUAUUUUCCCUGCUAGAAAGUUUCAGCAAAACGAUAACCGACCUACAAGUUGAUUGAAUUAUCGGAGUACUUGUUGUGGAUCACUUUCUGUUCAUUCUUUUCUUUUGACUAAGUUGAUAAAUUGCAAGUCAGGCCAUCUUUCUGGUGCUUUGACAGUCCCGAACGCUGAACGACAUCAUGAUCUGGAGGAAACACUGGUUGCAUUGCAGUUGUUGCGAAUUCCAUAAGCUCUAAAUUUAUUAGAGAAACCAAAUAAGAGGAAAAUUUGUGUGCAUUGAUAGAUCAAGAUUUGACAGAGAUAGUGUACUGGUUAAUUUUAUCUCAAAGAAUACAAAAGUAAGGGUGACAGU